CGCGAUCUGAUAAGCCACCCUAGCCCUGCAUGCCCAAGAAAAGGAAAAGGUGCCGCCCGGGUCCCCAUCCUCGGCCACCAGCACCAGCACCAGCACCAGCACCACCUUAUUAGUCUGCACAGUACAUAGUAUUCCACUUCACCACCUCAGCCGGCCCAAUUCCUGACCAAGCAACUACACCUCACCCUGACUGAGCAACUCCAUCUUUUGUUGUGUCAUAGUAGUGUGUGCUGCAUCUCGUAGCAAGCCAGGCCAAGCGAGGGUUUACCACUUUCCCCCCUGAUUUCUCACCAUCUCUAAUCAUCUCGACAUUGAUUACUUGGUCCGAUUUAACACGACAAACACGCUUGCACGCCCGCACGCCUGCACGCCAACAACCCCAGCGACCGUGGCUCGCCCAUCUGAUCUUUUAAGGCUUACUCCUCCACAAGGCCGGUUAUGCAUUCGGCAGACUAGCACUCGACAUCAACAAACACCACCCUCCGCGCCGCCUGUUCAUUCAUACCUGCGUCAGACUCAACCUCGCCACAGCCGUCUCUUCCCAUUGACCAGUGGGCUCACCCCGACCCCACCGACCGCCACCACAACCAUCACCUCCACCCCCACCGUUCCAACCUCCUCGCCAGCCAACAUGAUGCACUCGCAGACCGCCCGCAUCAUGGCCGAGUCUGGCAACUGCUGUGCGCCAGAGGAGCCCACCGGCCCCAAGGCCCCCUCCGUCGCGCCCUCGCUCACCUUCUCGGAGCAGUCGGCAGAGGAGCAAGAUGUCGACGAGACCAACCCCACCGCCGAGCCCAGGCGCAGGCGCGCAUCCACCCGCCUCAUUGCUCAGAGCGCUGCCGAUGUCCAGCGCAUCACAGGGGAAUCUACACAGCAGCUAGCUGCACGGUGCUGCGGCGGAGGCUGCUGCAUGAACAUUGGCGCAAAGAAGGCCGACAUCCAGUACGAAAAGGUUCAGCACCCAGACACCGAUGCCUUCCGGUCACUCUGUCUUAAAAUUGACGAGAUCCCGACUGUCUUGAGCAACGUUGUCGACCUGCCCGAGCAGACAGCCUUCCUGGAGCCAAUGCGACGCCCAUCCGAUGUGCCCUCGCCUGCCUCAACAACCGCAUCCAGCGCCACUGACAGCGGCAAUGCGGUCAUCGAUGCCCUGGUCCAGCGUACACAGAACACCCUGCAGCAACUCUCCCUCGAGGAGCUCGACACCACCAUCCAGCCCCCCAGCUUCGUCCAACCCCACCCCCCACACCACGUCUUCCCGGCCCGCAUCCACAAGGCCCGCGAGCUGACACGGGUUGGCGCCGAGAAGAGGACUUUCCACUUCGACAUCGACAUCACCAACUACCCAGACGAGGAGGGUGUCGACUUCAAGGUCGGAGGCGCCAUUGGCAUCUCCGCGCCCAAUGACGAGGCCGACGUCGACGAGCUGCUGGAGACCCUGAUGGUGCCGAGGUUCCUGCGCGACAAGCCCGUCAUGCUGCGGACGACAAAGGGGCGCUGGCCUACCGUCUGGGGCGAUGACCAGGCCCGGGAGCUGGUCACGACACGCCGCGACCUCCUGACCUGGUGCUCAGACAUCCAGUCCUACCCUCCCACGAAGCAGCUGCUGCGUGUCCUGGCUGAGCACGCAACCGAGGAAAACGAGCGCAAGAUCCUCAUGUACCUCUGCUCCGCCGAGGGCCAAGGGACCUUCUGUGACUUCCGGACCGGGCCCCAUGUCUCCCUCUCCCAGCUCCUACACGCGUUCCCCAGCUCCAAGCCGCCCGUCGACGCGCUUCUCUCCCAGCUGCAGCCGCUGAUGCCCCGCUUCUACUCCCUGUCCAAUGACCCCCACGACUCGUUCGAGACCCGGGACGGCAAGACGCACCGUCUGAUCGAAAUCGCAGUCACGGUUCACGAGUCCGCCGACUGGAGAAAGGGAUCAAGAACGGGCGUCGGCUCGGGCUUCUUCCAGCGGCAGGCGCUCAAGUUCAUCGAGGCCGAGGCCAGGGGCGAGAAGAACCCCCAGGUGCACGUGCCCAUGUUCAAGGGCCUGAUGGCGAACCCGCUGGCCAAGAAGUUUGUGUCGGACGGGCCGAUGCUCCUCAUCGGGGCGGGCGUGGGCAUCGCGCCGUUCCGGGGCUUCGUGCAGCGCCGGCUCAAGACGGCCAACUGCGCCAACAAGGUGUGGGUGCUCCAGGGCAUCCGCGACUCGCUCGUGGACGAGAUCUACAGCGGCGAGUGGGGCGUGCACGAGGACGAGGUCAAGCGCGUGGUGGAGAGCCGCGUGGGCGAGGGCCGCUACGUGCAGGAGGAGGUCAUCAACCAGGCGGACCUGGUGUGGUACGUCAUCAAUGCCGUCGACGGGCGCGUCUUCGUCUGCGGCAGUAGCAAGGGCAUGGGCGAGGGCGUGGAGGAGUCCCUCAUCGAGGUGGCCAUGCGCAAGGGCAACCUGGGCCGGGACGAGGCCAAGAAGUACUGGGACCUCAAGAAGCAGGUCGGCCAGUACAUCGCCGAGACGUGGUAAUGUGGGGUCUGCGGCGCGCACAAGGCACACCUGGCGCCUUUUCUUCCUUCUUGCCUGUCUCUCUCUUUCAUGGGCGCUUGAUGGGUAAAAAAGCAAGACUCACUAGAUCAGGGUUCACUGGCGCAAGCAUUUGUUCACGGCGUUUUUGGGCGGAGGGGUGUGUGUUUUCCUGCUCAUUUCGGUUCUCCGUUCCGGGCGAAACAAAAAUGGGAUUAUUUUCACACAAGGACCUCACGGACUUGGGUAUGGGAAAGAAGGAAAGCAGUCAUCGCAUCACCGGAUGCUGAGCUCGGCGGCGUCACACGGGGUUUCGGUUGCUUUCACGGUCCUUUCGCGCAUGGGCUUGGUUUGCUUCUACCUGCGCAUUGCUUCAAAUGCUUGCACACAAACAAACAUACGCAAACGUACAUAGCUAUCUUACAUAUCUUUGAGACUUGGUUGGCAGUCUCGUUAUUGAAUGACAGAUUGAAUGAAAUACACAUCAACAAA